AUAUUGGACUCGAAUAUGGGGGAUACGAGGAGAUGGUCCUGCGAGCCUACAAUUUGGGACACGUGAGGCGAUGGCUGCUCCUGUGGCAACCGAAAACCGUUUGAAAUUCUCACGCAUUGCGCCAAAAGCGUUUAAGCUUUGAAACCGUAUUUGAUUGCACCUGACACAUGUCAUGUGUAACUAAGGAGUCGCCACCAACCAGCAAUAGCAAUGGCAAAAGCAAUAGCAAUAGCAAUAGCAGCUACAACAAUAACAGCAACAGCAAAAGUGGUUCCUGCCACACACAAGCAACAACAACAACGGUAAGAGACCGGAAUGGAGUCGAAAUCACCUGGAGAGCAACAAGCGGAAACUGCGGUCUGAUGAAUAUCCCGCAGUGAAAUGGACUGAAAUUGUCUCCCAAAAUGGGUGAAAAUUAAAUGCA